AUGAACUGCAAAUGCUGCCACUUUCCAAAUUUGUCAAUAGAAAGAUACGAGACCUUAAAAUUAACGCAAAACAAAAAAAUCACCAAGGCAGAUAGCAACACGCAAACUAAAAAAAAAGCUGCAACAGGCGAAAGGGUAAACGGGCCUCGCGCAUUCACUAGGUGCAACACCAAGUGUUGCAAUAAUAACCAUUUUGUUAAUAUUAGCAGAAUUAGAGCCAUUAGACAGCAUAAAAGCGGAACAUCCGAUGGUAGCGUGCUACCCUUGAAAAAGGUGAAAACGGAUGGACCUUCCGAAAAAAAAAAAAAAAAAAUCAGCACUAGGGGAAAGAUGAAAGCGACGAAGCAGUCUCAUUUGUCUGCAAGUUUGGGUCACGACGGGAAAAAAAGCUCCAUGUUUCUCCCGGAUGAGCAGCUAACGGGAAGAAGUAAUGUUGAAGAGGGGAACCGCAACGGAGGAAGUGAAGUCGGAAGUGAAGCAGGAAGUGGAGUGGGAAGUUCAGUCGGUAGUGAAGUAGGAAGUUCAGUCGAACGCGAAAUCGGGCAUGCAAUCGGAAGUUCAGUCGGAAGCGAAAGCCGAAGCGGACCGAACGCACGCAUAAUGAAAAACGCAACGCACCAAAAGUACACAGAAAAUGAUAACAUAAACGCAAUGGAGAAGAACAAAAGUAAAAGCUGCUCCUUGAGAAACAUUAUGGGUUCCAAUUCGGCUCUGAAUAAAGACAUCCUUGAGGACACCUCGAUUUGGGGCCAGCUCUGCGAAAACGCAAAAGGGGAUCCAAAUGUAUACACUCCGUCUAAUGAGCUUCUAGAAGAACAGAAUAUCUGGGAAUGUGCCAAGGGAAAAAAGAAAAAGAAAAAAAAUAUGAACAUUGCAAAUGUUUAUACUGUUUGUCAAAAUGACCCCUCUUUAAGCAUCGAAGAAAGGUGCCCCCUGGUAGGAAUAAACAAUGAUGUGCUGUUAGGAGGAGACGAAACUGAAGAUCCCCUUAAAAUGAAUGGGACUGCGUAUGGAGAAAUGCUCUUAAGUAAGAAGAGCUAUUUAAUUGCGGGUUUGGCGAAUAUGCCGCGUGGGGGGAAUAAGGAUGUGCCCGCGGGGGGCAAAAGUGGACUUAGCAUUGGGCGUAGUAGUGAUCGUAGCAGUGGGGGUGGUAGCGAGCAUUGUAGUGGGGGUAGCAGUGAGCAUGGCAGUGGGCGUAGUAGCGAUCGUAACAGCAAGCUUAGCAGCGAUCGUAGUAGUAAGCUGAGCAGUUAUCGAAGCAACAACCGUAGCAGCGUUACGCAGCACGCCGACGGAAGUGCCCAGGACCGACAGAUGGCUCAAGGCAGCCCACCAAAAGGAAACCAAUCGAAAGACAGAACCCACAUAGCUGACGAUAUACCGUUAGUACCAGUCGGUCCGGAAGAAUGUAAGAAGCCCAAAAGUAUGAAGGACGAGGAAUACGCUAAAAAGAACCACCAGGAAAACAUUUCAAUGUACAACUUAAUUCGCGACAUAUGUAAAGGCUCCAAGGGGGUGAAAAACAACGAGGGGGGAGUCCUCCUCAAUUUGGAAAACCUAGCCAGUCGCGAACAAGUGAAGAAGAACACAUCAUCCAGAAAAGCGAUCAACCAAGGGAAGGAGAAAAUGUCAUCAAUUUUUCGCACAAGUGAGGGGAAGAAACAGGACCCCACGUGUGCAGGUGGAAGAAUAGAUUGCAAUAAUAAAAUCGGUUUGCCCAGUGGAGACGCAGGAGAAGGGCAUAGCGAGAAAGGGAGCGCGGAAGGGGCAAUCGAGCAGACGGGGGAAAAUGAAAGCGAACCGAGGUAUGAUCCUCAGGAUGACCCUCAGGAUGAACCGUUGAAUGAACCGCUUAAUGACCCGCGGGAAGACCAAAUCGAACAGCUGAGGAACCAACUAAAUCAGCACCUGUACAAAAAGCUAACGGACGACACAAUUACCGAAAGUACCAACAACACCUGCUCCGAUUUCAACGAAAGCACGCACAACAACAGUUCCCCGAAGAGCACCAAAUUUUUACUCAGCAUGUGCAAUGAGGAGGAGAGGGACUUAUGUGAGAAAAUCACUCUCCCCAAAUCUACAACCAACAGUGUAGUCAAUAGCAUGAGUGUGUACAUGGACUCUUCUUCAUCCAUGUCAGACGGGAGCUUAUACAACGACAUAAAUAGGAAGAAGUCAAACGUAAAUGAGUUUGAGAAGAAGGAAAAUGCUUCGUGCAAUCUUCAGAAAAAGAGAGAAUAUCCAAAUGUGACUCCUCUGAAGGGGGUGCCCCUAAUCAAUCAUACCGUGCAUGAUAAAAGCAGCGGCGUUAGGGGCAGAGGUGCAGUUCCCAGUAGUUCUUUCCCCAUCCAAGGGAAAAUAAUUAACCUCGUUGGGACCAACCAAGUGCAGCAUGCUGAUGAGGAAAAUAAAAAGGACAUCAUCGAAGAGGGAAACAAAAUAGCCAAUUUGAAGAGAAGCAUAAACCGAGAUGUAGAUUACAGUUUAAAAAAAAAAUUAAAAAUAGAAGACUACUCUUUACUCAAUUUAAAUAUAUAUAAAAAUAACCCCCCAGAGUUGUACAAAAAUAAUAGCUACAAUACGUACAUAUUGAAGAGUCUCCAAAAUUCUUACCUAAGAAAUAAACUGUUCAACGGAACUUAUAACCAGAUCAGUGGCAGCGGUAAGAAAAAGGGAGCUGAAGUGCCGCCCUACGUUGAGAAUACCCACCCCAGUAGCACAGAAAAGUGUAAGCACAACUACAAACACAAACACAAUAGCAAACGUGGCAGUGCAGACGAAUAUGACGAAGCGGAGGGGUGGGAUUUCAUUAGACUCACAAACAACGAAAUGGAUGAGAGAGUCCAUGCGGAAGAAACGACAAAGAGAAAAAGGCAGCAACGUAGCGAUAUGAACAGCUACUAUGAUGGUGGACUGCUGAAUGGUAUGGAGUGCCCCCAAUCGACACAACUUAUAAACGUAGAUACCCCUGCAUGCAGAAGUAGCCCCUUCAAGGAACAAAACUUUAGCGCUACAUACAAAGGAGGCGAAGCAACUGACGAUCAUUUUAACAGCAUUUACACAAAUGAUGCAAAUUAUUCCAACCUGUUGAAGGAGAAGCAGCUGGACAAUGUGCAUCUAAAUCUACGUGAUAUUAUAAGCCUUCUAGAGAAAGAACGAAUAGGUAACUUAUACAGUGAAGAAGAAUUAGAGUCCAUAAUAAUUCCUGUGGGGGGGGUUUACUACGAUUCUGGUAGAAUGAAGUGGUCAUGCAGAUAUGAGGAUGGGGACAAAAUGACAAAUAUGAGGAGGAAGUUUUUGCCUGCACAAAGCUUUUCUUAUCACCAGUCCAGGCAGAUGGCACUACAACAUAUGUACAACUACAUAAGGAAGAAGUAUAACAUUUUUAGCAACCUCGAUGAUGAGGAGAGGAUGUUCUUUGUCUCCAUCAGUGGGUACGCAACAGGUGGAAGGGCUCCAAACGGGGGAGCCCCAAACGGGGGAAAGACCAACCAACGGGGGGGCGCACACCAGGGGAAGAACCCUCUGGAGAAGCUCUUCAACGAGUAUUGCCACGAUGCUGGCACUGCAUAUGGCUGUACUGCCAACGAACCGGGGCAGAGGCGAACAGAGAGGUCCAGCCAGAAGCCCAACCCGAAAGAACUACAACCAGAAGGUGAAGAAGGUGAAGAGGGUGAAGAGGUAGAAGAGGUAGAAGACGCAGAAGAGGAAGAAAACGCAGAAGACACAAAUCGCUACCACAAUGGCGCAGAUGAAAAGCGACGCCCCUUUUACAGCAUAAAUAAAAGCCCCACCGACGUUAGAGAAGCAAAUUUAAAUAACACGAUUAAUCCGUUAAGCGUUGAGAUCCCCCCCAGCGCUUCUGCGUCUUCAUCACAUGAAGGCUCUCACACAAACUGUGCGGUUAGCGGUAGAGGGAAAGUGGACGUCCCCAGUUACAACAUAGUAAACGCGAAAAAGGAUGCACACAAUUGGGUUGGAGAAAUUUCCAAAAGUAAAAUAAAAGAGAAAUCAUUCCAAGAUGGGGAUCACAAUCUAAGUACUUUUACGCAAAGUGGAGACACCCAUGGAGAGUACCCCCCCCACAGUAGCAUCACCUCGAAGACGAGAGCCGUUCUGUACAAAACCUUAGGCGUAGAAUUCUCCAACGACUUGGUAGACAAAAUGCAAAACCUACCGAAGGAAAACAUAUUCUAUGAGAGAGACAAAAAAAGAUGGGUGAUUAAAAUUUUCGAAAAAAAGACAAACACUUUGUUAUAUUUCAAAGAAUUCGACUGCACCGUUUUUGGAUUCGUCUACGCCUGCAUCUUAACCAUAGAGCAUAAACAUUUAUACCUAGACUAUUUCCUGAAUGAAAAAAAUUACGAUUUCUUGAUGCAGCUCAUCCAGAAUAGCUCCUUGAAGAGGAAGCUCUACUUCAACUCUGCAGUUCGAUCGACUGGCCUGGGCAGCAGCGGGAGCCUCGCGGGGGCCAACACGUUCUUCAUGGAGGGCGUCAACGAGGAGGCAAGCGCACUAGCAGGAGCAGACGCGGGCGCUGAAUUGAAUGACGACGCUGGUGCCGAAUUGAAUGACGACGCUGAUAGGCAGCGAAUCAAAUCGAGACACAACCCCAACUUUGCCUUCCUGGUGGACAACCCAGACGCGGUAUGGAGCGACAAAGGGUUAAGCAGAUUUGGAGAAUUUUACCAAACGGAAAAAUUCGGAAGGGAAAAUUUAACCAUGUAUAAUAGGGGCGCAUCCUUGAGCAAGCCCGCACACGUAGGACAUAUUUUUGCUCACAAGUACCCCUCGAAAAAUGAUUUGCAAGCAACCCGAAAUGAUGCGGCUGAUAGAAGAAAAACUAUUCCUUCCUGCUUGCAAAAGAAAGUGGAUGGAGAAUAUUUUACGAACGCGGUUGGCACAAACAUCUGCGGUGGAAAUGUAGAAUGUUCGCGAGGGAAGGAGAAAGAGAUGAACUGGCUACAAAUGGAAUGGCCGCAAAAGGAGUGGCCGCGAAAGGAGUGGCAGCAAACGGAAUGGCAGCAAAAGGGGGGGCCGCAAACAGAGUGGCAGCAAACGGAACAGCUCAAACGAACCCCAAAGAAGGAGCAUCAUAUUACCGAGAGGGGAAAAAAAAAUAAGACCCGUGAGGAAGAAUCCCAUCAUUCCUUCGUUGCCCAGAUGGAGAAAAUGCAACACUACCUCCCACACGAUGAAGAUAAUAACAAAACGAUGGUCAUAAGUAACGUCAGAAGUGACUUCCCCAACGAAGUAGCGAGCUGCAAUGGCAAUACAGACACGCUGUCCCCCCAUAGUGCAUUCCAGAAUAGCGAAAUUUGCAAAGAUCAAGUGGCAAUUGCUAACGAGACUGAUGAUAAGAAUAGGAAGAAAACCAGACAGACGAACCAAAUGAAGGCGAAAAAAGAUUCCCUAUAUUAUAAAAAAACGAAAAAUUCAAAGGAUGCUGUAGCAAAUGGAAAAGACCCCACCCUUACGGCAGACUUGAUGCAAGAAGAGACAAAUAAUUUGCUCAAAUUAGAUUCCUACAUAGAAUCGCUGGAAAAUAACACGGACGUAAUUUCCCUGGCCAAAGAAACAAUCCUUUUGCUCCUUAAAGACAUUAUAAAUUGUAUCCCCUUUCAAAUGGCCCCCUCUGUAAUAUCUAGAAAAAUUUACUACCAAAAAAUUAAUGCGCAUGUGAAGUUUGUUUAUCACUCUCAAAACAUCCUGGACUUGAUGCCCUACUUCUUCAUAUUCAAGAAUGUCAUUAAGCAGAAGAAGCUGCCGAGCGACCAGUCCCUCUACAUUUGCAACGUCUUGCUCUACGCCUUGUUCGAGGCGUAG